CCAGAGAUUUGCUACACCCCUGCUUGGAGGAGGAAAAGAAGAAGCAUAAAAAGAAAUGGCUGGUUCAGAGUCCAAACUCUUGCUUUAUGGAUGUAAAAUGUCCAGGUUGCUACAAGAUCACCUUGGUGUUCAGCCUUGCCCAGACAGUGGUUCGCUGUGUGGGCUGCUCCACUGAGCUGUGCCAGCCCUUGGGAGAGAAGACCUGGCUUCUAGAAGGCCGUUCCUUUAGAAGAACACAACAUUAG